AUGGCUGGAAGAAUAAAUCCAAAUACUAUAAUGGAGGAGGAAGAUGAGGAUUAAAAUUCAACUUAAAAUAAUAAUCCGUAUUCCAAAGAAAAUGAUAGUAGAAUAAAUAACAAAAACUUGUUUAGUUUACUUAUAAAUAAUUAAAAUUUGAGCAAAGAUAUGUAGUCUACAACAAAUUAUCCUUUCAUUUAAGCUGCGAGUUAUAUUCCUAAUGACUUUGAAGCUGAUAACUUACCCAACAAUUAUUGUGGCUAAGAUUAAGAAACUCCUGUAGAAUAAGAAAAUUAGUUAGUAAUACCUCAGUUUGUUAAAGACUUAUUAUUAUGUGAUGAAUCCCUUUAUGAUUUGAUGAGGCACAAAAAUAAAUUCAAAUUUUCAUUUGGCAAAGAUAUUUAUUUAGUAAGCCAGAAAGUAAGUUAGAGUUAAAACUUACCAGAAAACAGAUUACAGACAACAGAAUAUGAAUUGCUAGAAAAAUAUGAGUGCUUUAAUGCGUUUUUCUUUUAGAAGCACUAAUUAGUAGAAAGAAGUGUUUUAGAAAUACACCAUUCAUAAACAACAGAAAAAAACUAAUUGCUUAGUUUUAUGAUUUCUGAGAUUCUGAGAGAUUAAGCAUGUAAAGAUAAUUAAGAAUAAAGUCAAAUAGCGCCGGAAAUAUUGCUUUAUGAUAACACUCAACAGUUUAACUAUAAGCUAAUUAAACAAAUGAUCAAAAAUAAAUUAUUCUAAAUUCAUAGUUUAAAGCAGAAUUAAACACAAUCUUAAGAACUUUUGAAUUUAAGUCAAGUAAAUAGUUAAAGUUUAGAAACACUGUUUGAAACAAUAAGUGAAAAUUGUCUUUAAAAAUUACAUGUAAUUGAGAGCCACUCUUAGAUAGAAUUUUGUGUAAAUUUAAGAGCAAUAAAGCACAUCCUAACUAAAAAUAAAUCAAUAAGAAUUGUGAUUAUAGAUGAAGUUAAUGCUUUUUACGUAGAAAAUGAAUCUUAUGCUCAUCUUCAUCAUAAAACACCUUCUAAGGAUGAAGAUGAAUCAAAUAACUAAAAGAAAAAGAAGAAAACAGCAGCAUAGCACCAUGUUUAGCAUAAAUUAAACAUAAGCAAAUAGUUUGAUACAGUUGUAAAAGAAUAUUUAGAGGAAGUGUAAUAAAAAUUUACAAGAGUUAGCUUUAUAUAAAGCAAGAGAGACUACUUUAAAGUUAGAAAUCUAAUUGAUUUUAAAGACGAUAGAUUUUUAGCAAGCGAAGAGCUUACACAUAUUCUAAGCAAAGAAUGCUAUCAUAUGAAUGUAGACUUUUAAAAUAUAUACUGUCUAAGUUUAGACAAUUUUUCAGUUUAAGCAAUUGAAAAAGCUCUUGAAUUGCUAAAAUAAGAUUAGAUAACCAACUAAAUGUACAUAAACCCACAAAAAGUCAGUGUUGUUGUCAAGAGAAAUCUAACCUCCGAAGAAAAUGAUGAAGAUUAAUAUGAACAAGAAAAAAUUAAAAUGUAAGAAUUUAAAUAUCAAAUGGGAUUUUACACUUUUGAAAAAGGAGAAUUUAAAAUAUUUAGUGAAAAUCUAUUUUAUAUAAAUUGA